UUUGAGCAAGAGGUACAGAAAUGCAGGAACUCUCCUUUUUCUCGCAGUCUGGCUACAGCUAUGGAUAUGACAAAAACAAUGAACCAAACGGACUUGGGGAGGGCAAUCGCUAAAUGGAAGGCCUCCCCUGCCUCCUACAGGAUUCCCAAAAGGUUUCAAUUCUGCAAACCGUUCUGGCCCCCAGUGCUUUCAAAAAAACGGGCUGCUCAGAAAACUCUUCUACAGAAGAAGAACAAGAAGAAGAAGAAGAAAAAGAAGAAGAAGAAGAAGAAAAUCAAGAACAAGAAGAAGAGAGAAGAUCCCCCACACGUUUGUCCUGGCUGCUCAAAGGACAUCUCAGUGAUUGAGCACCUCUCCCUCCAAGGCUUGACCUUCUGCCGUGCCACUUCAGGAAUGACCCUGGAUCAGUGGCUGAAGGUCAACGUCCCGAAGACCACAGGGUGGAGGUUGCAAAUAAAGAUGGCCUCUGCUGCAGCCGGUGUGUUCCCUACCAGGCGUGACCGCACCUGCACGCUAUGCAGCCAGAGAAUGACCCGGGCGACAGGGCAUAGCAUGCACCGCCCGACGAGGCAGAGUUUCUGCCAGGUUUCUGACCCCCAGAACCGCACAGUGGAGCAGUGGCUCACUGAGUUGAGGGGAGGGAAAACGGAGAAGGAAAUGCUGAGGGACUGACAGAGGGUCAACAGGAAGAAGAAGAAGAAGAAGGCCGCAAUCCUGAACAAAAAGUCUUCCUAAUUUUAAUUUGUAAAACUUGUAAAUAAAUAAAUAUAAAGGUAUUUUUAAACUUGAA